AUGGCGCACUCAGCGGCGGCCACUGCGGAGCAGAGCUGUCCCGUCCGCGUGGAGCAUGAUCGUCUGCGGCGCCAGUUCUCUGUCAGGCUCAACGGAUGCCAUGACCGGGCGGUCCUGCUCUACGAAUAUGUUGGCAAGCGAACUGUGGACCUACAGCACACGGAGGUCCCUGAUGCCUACCGUGGCCGAGGCAUCGCCAAGCACCUCGCCAAGGCUGCAUUGGACUUCGUGGUGGAGGAGGAUCUGAAGGCCCAUCUCACAUGUUGGUACAUCCAGAAGUACAUCAAGGAGAACCCCCUGCCACAGUACCUGGAGCGUGUGCAGCCCUGA